GACGAGCUCGCGCCCCCGCUGUUUUAAAGCGGUUGUUCAACGAGCGCUCUGAUUCACUCACAAGCGUCCGCGACCACCGGGGAGCGAGGAGAGCGUGACGAACGGGCUCCGUCUACGAACAACGCCUCCACCUCCUCCACCACCACCACCUUCACCUUCUCCACCACCGGGUUAAUAUUCAGUUUAAUUGAAAACGGCGUUUCGUGUGCACGUGCGGGAUCGCCGACUUCUUACCUGUCCGGCGUGUUUAAGGACAUCACGGAACUCUGCGGUUCACCUGAGACGCACGAGGACGUCGUUUGCAUGAAACUGUUGCCAGAUAAAAGCAGUGGAUGCACCUCCGCUCCUUUUAUCGAAGAGAGGUGGGAGAGCGGGAGAGAGCCUGAAGAGGACCAGCUGACCUCCGGCGGAAACCCCUCGGCAAAGAUCCCCCCCAAACCCAGCGCGAAGACCACCAUGUCCCUGAGCACGUUCCACCUCAUGCAGACUCUCAAGAACUCCCCCGCCGCGCUGCGUCGCCGCUUUCGCCGCGACCGCACCGAGUCUUUAUCCCACGGCGACCCCCUCUUCAAGGUCCACUACUUGGGCACGGAGAAGAUCUUCUCCCUGGACCGAGAGCAGGCCCAGGACGCCAUCGGCCACCUGCUGGACGGCGUCUCCAACGGGAAGAAGCUGAGCAAGGACCACGCCCUGGUGGUGCGGCCCAGAUACGUGGAGGUCAAGGAGCUGAGCACGGGCCGGCAGCUCACCAAGACGUACCUGCAGGACAUCGCGUACUGUGCGGCGGACGCCGCCCGGCCCAACGUCUUCCUCUACAUCUGCAAGCACCAGGGGCAGCAGCUGCAGUGUCGGGUGUUCUGGUGCAGCCGGGCCGAGCGGGCGCGAGACAUGACGGCGUGCCUGGCGCACUCGUUCCAGCGGGCGCUGAGCGACUGGCAGCAGGACGGCUCGGCCACGCUGCCGCCGCCGCCGGGGGAGGGGAAGGGGAAGCGCGCGGAGGAGUCGGGCAGCUCCCCCGCCACCGUCGCCAAGAGCUCCACGCUGCCCUCCAGUCUGGGGAAAGUUCGCUGGAAGAAGAGGGGCAGCUCUGUGUCUCACAGCCCCCUCAGCGUCAUCACGAGAAGAGGAUCUGACACGGACAGCUGGAGCUGAACCCCCUCCACUCCCCCCCCCCUCCCUCCCUCCCCUAGCUUGAACCCCUCGGGAACACGGGGCCACAUUAACCUGACGACAACCUCGAGGAUGGCAGCGCCGGAGGCAGGGAGGUGAUCACGCGACCGAAGGACGGACAAUGGGGAUGAAACCGGGAAGUGGGGAAGUCCAUAUAUGGAUGCGAGAGGACUGGAUGUUGCUUUAAUCGGUGACCAUGUGGACCUGAAGGUUUGCAGCAAAGUUUGUCGGUGGACUUCCGUGGAACAAAAUGCUGUUGACGGCUAACUUUGGUCACACGUGAGGACUUGUGACCGGCUCCAAGCCUUCAGACGACCCGGACGGUUCAUCUCUGUGGCUCUUUUUGGCUUGUUUGCCUGAACGACUCUGCUUAUUGAUAUUUUAGCCACGGAAGAGUUUUUUUUCCAGUUGGAGAGAGACGAUUAAAACAAGGACAGCAGCUAUAGGCCAAAUGAGCCACAGAUGGCGACGGAAAACUGGAAAAAGAGGACAAAAGCUUUUCUUUUUUUAAGGCUGAUUUUUAUUUUACUGACAUCUGUGACGGGUCAUGAUGAUUUUAUUUUAUUAUUAUUAUUAUUUAAUUUUUUUAACCCUUUGGCACUCGUAUGUUUGUCUUUUUAAUUAUUUUAAUCGGGUGGAUAAACCACCCUUUUUAAAUUACGUUACGAGAGCUUUGGCCAAGAUUACAUCGAUGUCGAGAUACAGACGGAAAUGGCAGACACGUCAUUUAAAAUGUUCAGUGAACGUCUGCGAUGCACAUUAUGCAGUUUGUCAUUGUCGAGCACUUUCUGCAAAAUUUGAGGUCUUAACACAUCGGUUGAAUUCAUCGUGGAGAAAUCAAGUUUUAUCAUUUUUUUAUUUUUUUUGAAGUCAGUAGAAGUAGCACCUGUAUUAUAAAAAAAAAGACUCUAGCAGAACCUGCGGGGUCAACAAAACCCUCCCUGAAUGCACCACAACAGCAUCCUGCAAAAAAUACAUUUAAAAAAAACAAACCGAUCCUAACUGUCCACUGCGAUGAAUUAAUUUCAUUGAUGUGGGGAACAGCCCCCUCAUCAUGACGUGCAGGGUUUGAUUGCAUCCGGACUGAGAACUCUGUGUUCCCCCAUGUGGCGCGGCUGUGGAAUGCAUGACCAUGCACCUGCAUUCCACUAGGGGGGGGGGGAUUUCAGAAAGGUCCAACUGUGACUGCAUAUUGAGCAGCCUUGUCAGUGGAUGCUGCAAUGUGCUUUUAACGACAAGGCGUGGCCUCGUUCACGUUAUGAAAGCCAUAAAAGGGGCCCGAAGUGUGUGUGUGCCCUAUUGCAUCAGAUGCUCUCAUGAUGGAGCUCUCUGUCUUAUGGUUUACAACUUUAAGAUCAGUGUUACACCCUGAGGUGACCAUUCACUAUGUGUGAAGUACCAAAACUAAGCUAGGUUUUUUUUUUUUAUAAACGAAAAAGGUGUUUUUGAUGUGCCACGAGGAUUUUAUCCGUUAAUUUUAACAUUUUGUACUCGCGAUGCGUCUUUACAGUUACAAACGGCACAGCCCCGAUCUCAGAAAAGGGGUCCAAGUUGCCUGCUUUAAGGUGUAUUUCAUUAGUGUACUGUUUUUUAUGUCCUUGUACAUAUUUAAUUAAAUAUGUAUUUUAUGAAAUAUUAAAACUUUUUAUACAACA